CAUAACAUGCACACGCAAUCAUACAUGCGCACGGGAAAGCCGGUUUGCAGCAUUCCAAGGCAGCCUGACAGUCUGCACUGCGGGUAAAAGUCAAGGGUGACCUGUGAGAGCAUCCUCUGACCAAGUUGUGGUUGGGGAGGAGGAGGCAGAACAUCUGGGCGGUCUUGCUCCAAUGUUCUCAGGAAUUUUGGCUCUCAACGCGAAGUUCCUGCUGUUGCUGCACAUUACACAGGAAGAACCUUAAGCUGUAACUUUCCAGACCAGGACAAAAUGUGGAAUGUCACCGCUGGAAUACAUGGCGUGGUGCGCUGGACAACAUUUUCUGCUCCCCAUUUGACUUUGUGACAAGUGGACUCGUCGAGACCUUUGGGGGAUGUUGGUGAAAGCAAACCUUCAGAUCACAGAUCUUCUCGGUGUUCGUCGAAAGCUUUGGGGGGAGGUCACGACCCAACACAACUCCUCCCGGUUGUCAUUUGUCUGCCUUGGCGAAUCCGACCCAUCCCGUCAAGUGGCAGAACCUCCUGGUCUCGUUCGGUCACCUUCUUGGAACCCGAGCAGCACGCCAGCACGAGAAGAUGAAGAAAACGUAUCGUCCACUGGCGUCCAUAUUUUACUUCUUUUUCCCAAAGUGAGUGCGGCCAGCAGGUGGUGGUUGUCGUUCUACUUGAGGUCCUUAGAGAGAGAGCUGAUGUGCACGCUCCGGCUUCUCAGCUUCACCUUGGAUCGCUCCCAUCUGCUUCCCGACAGCUUUGAGCCCACCACACAAUUUGAUUUGGCCGGCGCUUAAUCUUUUCCCCCACUUUUGGCCAACCACAGAGACUCCGCUCUGCCACAAAGAGCAACAAUCAGAUGAAACGGGCGCAGCGCCAUGUUGUCGGUUCGCGUUCGCUGGCGGCGCGUGACCUUGGCAUUGCUGCUGGCUUGGUUGGUGUCAUGGCUGGUGCUCAGCGGCCUCCUGCUUCUGUUCCAUGUCGACUUCCUCUCUGACAGCUGCACCGACACCGCCAGCAAGGAGAUCCUGCACCGACUGUGCGGAGACUUUGCGGCGGGCUCGGCGGCGGGUGACAUGUGCGCCGACUUGUGCCUCGGCGGCCUGGUGGAGUACAAGCGCUGUCUCUACUACCGCAGCGGCAAGAAGGUGAUGGAGGUCCGCUGGAGGGGGCGGCCCGUCAUCCUAAAGUCCAAGCUGGAGAAUUUGUCCUCCUACCAGCCACUCGGAGCUCUCAAUUACCCGCAAGACGCAACUGAGGACUCGUCUCCUCUGGACAUUCUACUUUCCGCCACGGUGGAGGUGCGUCGCUGGCUGGGACUGACCGAGGAGGGGGAAGAUGAUAACGACAAAAGACAGGAAGAAGCCAGUUCCCUGGUCAACCUGAGCACCUCGGAUAAGGUUUACUCGAGAGGCGAGCUGACCUCCUUGUGGUCGCUACUGCAGCAGGACGAGUACACCUUCCUGAGAGUUUUGCAGGACCUGAGCGCGCAUGUGUCCAAAGUCUUAGGUUCGUGCGGGCACUUCUACGCCGUGGAGUCUUUGUCGGCGGGCCACGCCUGGGAUCAGAACAUUUUCUCCUUGGACCAGGACCAGACGGCGGCGGGGGUCGCUCGGUCAGGCCGUCGGGGGGCGAGGGCCGCCCGGCACAAGGUCCACCGCAUCGCGCUAAGCUUCCUGGACAUGGUGCAACACUUCGACCACGACUUCACGCACAAAGUGCAUUUGUGUGACGUCAAGCCAGAGAACUUUGCCAUCAGGAAUGAUCUCACCGUGGUGGCCAUUGACGUGGACAUGGCCUUCUUCCAGCCCAAGAUGGAGGAGAUCCUGGACCAGAAGUGCAGCAGUGACGACGACUGUAACUUCUUUGACUGCGUGUCGUCGUGCGACCUCAGCACGCGACGCUGCCGCGGACAGCGCGCCAACACCAACCUGCAGGUGAUUUGCGAGAAGAUCUUCAGGCUGUGGUUUUCUCCCACACUGCUUGGCGCCAAAGCGGGGCUCCCCCUACAGGUGGAGCUGCAAAGGACGGUGCAGGAAUGUUCUGAGUCCGGCGGUGUGGACAAACGAGGACAAGGAGAAAGUUGGAAUAUCCACCGGCGCCUCUUCGAUAUCCUGACUCGCCUGGUUCAUGAGGAAGGAACAGCAGACGAAGGACAGGAGGAGAGCAAAGAUCCCACGCCACUCAACUUCUGACAAAAACUCAAUAACGCCUGAAAAACAGAAAAACAAAAUUAAGAAGAACCUCUGGAGAACUUCUAAAGAGUUUUGCUCACCAGACAAUGAUUCAGCUUUUGCUACCUCAAAUGAUGUUUUACCUACUGUUGAACCCGCUGGUGCAAGCAAGAAGUGUGCCUUGAAGACUGUCCAUGAUGAGGGGAUCAUGUGAUCAUGGGAUCACAUUCCAGAAAGUCAACCUUUGACCUCCAAACGCUUUGAAGUUUGAUGUCCUUCUGCUUCAUCUCCUUCAAACUUUGAGAAGGCUUUGCGUCAAAUAUGAUUUGAAAUAAGAAUGAAAAUGUUUGUGUUUAUAGUGUGUCUGUGAGUGAGAGCGUGUUGUAAAACUUGAUGUCAGAUUGUUUAUGUCCACACUCAACUCAACAUGCCUGCACUUGAACAUCCCGCCGAACUGCAAAAGCCUGAAAGAGAGCCAGUCAGACAGAGAGAUUACAGCGCCCUCGUGUGGACCUUCACUCCAGCCAUCUGGUGUCAAGACGGGUUUAUUGUUCUGUUUGUUUUUUGGCUGCCUGUCUACUUGAGUGUUGGCUCAACACAUCGCCAUGUUUAAUACAAACAAUAAAGAGAAUGUGUCUUGUUGUAUUUUACGCAGUUAAAGACAAAACGCUUAAGUUUUGCCCACAAAACAAUAAAAACUUAAUACAUUGUU